UCAAAACCUUCGGUCCGUUCCGGGCCAGGGCUGGCCCUACCUAAACCCUAAACUCUUUCAUCUUCUCUGCCCCAAUUCAAUUCCUGCUUUUCAACUUUGCAACUUUAAACCCCAGAAGCAAGAAGGAAAAAGCUGUGAGGAACGGCAUGGCUUACGGCGGUGCAUCCACGGCAAUGACCGCCGUAACGGCAACGCCGACGAUUAAGCAAGUUAAAUUGGAAAGAGAAAGCGAGCUUAGAAUCGAAGUGGCGAACGACAUGCCGCUGCGCCUGAGGUUACUAAACGGCACUGCUGAGAUCUUUGGCACCGAGUUGCCUCCUGAAAUGUGGCUCACCUUCCCUCCUCGCUUAAAAUUUGCUGUGUUUACUUGGUAUGGGGCCACAAUAGAGAUGGAAGGUACCACUGAAACCGAUUAUACUGCAGAUGAGACUCCCAUGGUUAGUUAUGUAAAUGUCCAUGCUGUACUGGAAGGACGUAGAAAUCGCGCCAAAGCCUCAUCCUCUAGUGGUUCUGAGACUUCUCAGGGUCCUAGGGUGAUUGUUGUUGGACCUACAGAUUCUGGAAAGAGCACCUUGUCAAGGAUGCUUCUCAGUUGGGCAGCCAAACAGGGUUGGAAACCUACCUAUGUGGACUUGGAUAUUGGCCAAGGGUCUAUAACAAUUCCUGGAUGCAUUGCUGCCACCCCUAUUGAGUUGCCCAUUGAUCCAGUGGAAGGGAUUUCUCUUGAAAUGCCUCUUGUAUACUUCUAUGGGCACACAACUCCUAGUCAAAAUGUAGAUUUGUACAAAGCACUUGUAAAGGAGCUUGCUCAAAUACUAGAGAGACAGUUUACUGGAAAUGCUGAAUCACGUGCUGCAGGCAUGGUGAUCAACACUAUGGGAUGGAUAGAAGGUGUGGGCUAUGAGCUGAUUCUUCAUGCAAUUGAUACAUUUAAUGCCAAUGUUGUCUUGGUUUUGGGUCAGGAAAAGCUUUUUAGCAUGCUUAGGGAUGUAUUAAGGAACAAGCCCAAUGUGGAUGUUGUGAAACUUCAAAAGUCAGGUGGUGUGGUAUCCAGGACUUCAAAAGUCCGCCAGAAGGCCAGGAGUUACAGGAUUAGGGAAUACUUUUAUGGCAUUGCUAAUGACCUCUCUCCACAUUCAAAUAUCGCGAACUUUAGUGAUUUGUUUGUAUACCGAAUUGGUGGUGGGCCACAAGCCCCAAGAUCAGCUCUACCAAUUGGCGCAGACCCUGUGGCCAAUCCUCUUAGAGUUACAGCUGUGAAUAUUGAUCGAGAUUUACUCCAUGUUGUUCUUGCUGUUUCAUAUGCUCAAGAACCUGAUCAAAUUGUUUCAAGUAAUAUUGCUGGGUUGAUCUAUAUCACAGACAUCGACCUUCAGAGGAGAAAAAUCACUUACCUUACACCAACAGCUGGGGAUCUUCCGAGCAAGUAUUUGAUCAUGGGAACCUUAACAUGGCUGGAAACAUGAAGCACAUCCAGGAACAAGUUUUUAAGUUCUAGACCGUUGAUGAUCUUCUUGGAACUGUAUUUUACUUUUACUAUCUAGUUUACGGGUGGUAGUUUUAGUUAUAGAUUCACCUUCCAUCAAUUAUGUGUCAUGUAUGGUAACUCUUGUCAUUGUUGAAGCCAAACGCAAAUUGCGAAGUUACCCACAGCGGUGCAGCAGAAAUCGGUUAUAACCAAAAUAUCUAAUCAAGCUGUUGUUUUUCAGUUCAAA